CAAAGACACUAUCAGGCAGCAUGAUUCAACAUGUAUUGGUACGUCUCUAGACAAGACGCUGGCCACCCUAGCGCCAAUCUCUGAACACGCUUGAACAGGCUGAACGAUAAGAAGCCCACCCUUGCAUAUGUCCAAUGCUCAUUGGCUCGCCUUGAUUCCUGUGAUAACAACUCGAAGUCUGCCACUCAGACCUGAGUCAUGAAGGUUGACCUAGCAAGCUCACACGAUCGAUCAGACGUGUAUCGCUAUUUCUGGCGGAUGACCUCAUCAUGCUCAACAUGUCACGACCUGGCACAAGCCUUAACAUUGCCCAACAGCUAAGGAAAACUACUCAACUUGGCUUGGAAGAUGCCGUGAGAGGCCUUGACAAAAAGCAGCAGCCGGGCAAUACUUAUCAUGGAAAAGUCAAGAUUGGCAACAAAUAUAACAUUAUUGGCUUCAUCAGCAGCGGGACAUAUGGCAGGGUUUACAAGGCUAUGGAAAAGAAUCCGAAAGGAGAUUUGUUAAGCCCAACAUCGACGACCAACUCCAAGGAACUUUAUGCAAUCAAAAAGUUUGUCGUCCAGUCCUAGUCAAGUACAUCGUGCUCAUUCUUUACAGAUUCAAGCCGGAGAAAGAAGGGGACAAUGUGCAGUAUACGGGGCUAUCACAAUCUGCCAUUCGGGAGAUGUCUUUGUGUACAGAGUUGUCUCAUCCCAAUGUUGUCCACUUGGCUGAAAUCAUCCUCGAAGACAAGUGCGUCUUCAUGGUGUUCGAAUACUGUGAGCAUGACUUGCUCCAAAUCAUCCAUCAUCAUACUCAACCAACCCGGCGGCCAAUACCCGCCAACAUGAUCAAGUCAAUUUUGUUUCAACUCUUGAAUGGCUUAUUCUACCUCCAUCAGAACUGGGUGAUCCAUCGGGACUUGAAACCAGCCAACAUUAUGGUUACCUCCUCCGGUCAUGUUCGCAUUGGCGAUCUUGGCCUUGCUCGACUAUUCCACAAGCCUUUAUCCUCUCUAUAUACUGGCGACAAGGUUGUUGUCACAAUUUGGUAUCGAAGCCCCGACCUUCUUCUCGGUGCACGCCAUUAUACCCCCGCUAUCGAUCUUUGGGCCGUAGGUUGCAUCUUUGCAGAAUUACUUAGCCUUCGACCGAUUUUUAAAGGAGAGGAAACCAAGAUGGACAGCAAAAAGACCGUUCCCUUUCAGAGAAACCAAAUGGGAAAGAUCGUGGAAAUCUUGGGUAUGCCGAGAAGGGAGAACUGGAAAGGUCUGGCCGACAUGCCAGAAUAUAGCCAACUCCAAUCCUUGAUGAUGUCCAGGGGUGGCAUGCCCGGUUUGUAUCCUGGUUCAUCAUCGUCGUUGAGUCGGGGGUCGAAUGCUAACAACGGGACCGGGCUGGAAACUUGGUACAACAACUGCCUGCGGCUGAGUAAUUAUCCCUCAGAUAAAUCCCCAGGCCAGCGAGGCUUACAACUGCUAUCUGAACUUUUCGAAUACGAUCCUGAGCAACGAUUAACCGCCGAGCAAGCUCUGCAACAUGACUACUUCAGAUGCACAGAUGAUGGCCCCAACAGAGGCAAGAUUUGGGUGACCAAUAAUUGUUUUCAGGGCCUGGACGAAGUAUACCCGCAUCGAAGGGUGAGCACGGAAACAAAUGAUAUUGGCACUGGUAGUUUACCAGGAACCAAGCGAAAUGGACUUCCAGAUGACUCCCUUCUACCUCCUGCGAAGAGGCGAUAGGAACGACCCAUUAAGCCCAAGCUUGUUUAGGCCGGAGCGCCAAUGUACUGUCUGAAUUUGGUUGUGCGUGAAGGCCAUCUUUCCUCAGAGUGUAUCGAUAAGCUGGUAUCAUCUACCACGCAUCGCAGACCUAAAGCUGAGGGACAUGAAACCAAUGGAGGCUGUAGUCAGGUUCAUCUAUGCCUUUAAACCACUCUUCCAGCGUACAUACGGACGAUUAUGAAGUCACAACAUACCAACCAGACAGGUUGAGAGUGGUAUGGGUGUGUGGAAAAGAAGUCUCGAUCAGCCUGUCAUUGAGCAUCACAUCAGUCGCUUGGAUCAUUUUCACACAACAUAUGCAUGCCUCUCAGAAAAUUUAAGGCUUCCACAUGUCGUGCAGCAGCCGAAGCAUUCAAAGCAUUCAAAGAAAAGUGGUUGAUUGAUGUGCUGGCUCAUUCAAAAUGCCACGUGAGACUGGUCUGAAAGCUGGGCUCAAUCAACAUAUCUAUAGCAAAGUUCGAGCUCAGCAAAUCAUGGAUCAC